GAAAAACUCCUGGUCCGCCGCUGAUUGCCCCUCGCAAUUACAAAGUGCACAACGAUGUCUUCUUUUUGGCUCGAGUUUCCAACCUUGUCUCCUUCUGUAGAAAACCUUGCCUAUCAUAACCGUGACAGAGACACCGAAGUCUUUCUUCUGAAUCAAAAAACACCAACACCUCACUACAACUACAGCAACCUCUUUCUUUUUCCUAAUCUGAUCAGGUGCUGCUGAGGGAGCAUUCAGUUUGGGUGCAGAGCCAACCAAAUGGCAGGUGAGGAAGUGUCACCACUAGCACAAGUCAACCCAAUUGACAAGGAAGCCUUCAAGUUGGGGUUCAUUGGGGCUGGUAACUUGGCAUCAAGUGUUGCAACCGGAUUGGUCAAGCAGGGUAUAGUACCAGCUUCAAGAAUUUUCACGGCACACCGGAACCCGGAAAGCAGGGUGAAUUUUACAUCCAUGGGAAUUAAGGUUUUCCCGAAAAAUCAUCAGGUAGUUGAAGAGUGUGAUGUAAUCAUUUUCGCAGUGAAACCUCAAAUACUUAAGGAAGUAAUCUUGGACUUACGGCCACUACUUUCACAAAAUAAACUUCUUCUGUCACUUGCUGUGGGACAUAAAUUGCAAGCUCUGCAGGAAUGGGUCGGUCAUGGUCGAUUUGUUAGAGUAGUCCCCACUACUGCUUCUAUCAUUGGUGAGGCAGCUACAGUUAUGCACUUGGGAGAAGCUGCAACAGAAAACGACGGAGAGCUAAUAGCAGAUCUAUUUGGAGCAGUUGGCAAGGUGUGGAAAAUGGAUGAGAAAUUGUCUGAUGCUGCUGCUGCAGUCGGCGGUGCUGGUACGGCAUUUGUAUAUAUAGCAAUAGAAGCUAUGGCUGAUGGAGGUGUAGCCGGAGGCUUACCACGAGAAAUUGCUUUGAGUCUUGCUGCUCAAGCUUUCUACGGAGCAGCUGCCAUGGUAAUGAAAACAGGAAAACAUCCAGGUCAGCUGAAAGACCAAGUUGCUUCACCAGGAGGAACCACCAUUGCUGGGAUUCAUGAGCUUGAGAAGGGUGCAUUUCGCGCAAGCAUGAUGAAUGCGGUUGUUGCUACUACCAAGCGUAGCCAUGAGAUGGGCCAAUGACUUGGCUUUCCAUGAGUAAAUUACCCCUAGUAGGGUUGGUUAUGCUUAUGACAACGACAUCAGAAUGUUACUCCGAAUGCAGGAGACUGGCCAUUCCAGCCAAUUUGUACCAUGUUGCUCAUGGUAUGAUGCUUCUGCAUUGUGUUGAAGUGGAUUCUACUUCCAGUGUAUGAAUGUACAUUUGACUGCUAUGUAAAAUAAACGGUUUCUACUUUAGUAAAGUCGAUUCUCUCAGUGUAAAUUUUACUAAAAUAACUCUCGAUCUUCUGCUCUGAUAUCAUGUUAAAAUUAGACUAUUGAUCUCAAAACUUUGACAAUGAAUCGUAAAUUUUAUAUAUU